AUGUCGAUGGUUGACAAGAUUAAAAUAGGAUAUGACGUCGUCUUGAGAUCUGAGCUGGACGAAAUUCGCGAUGUGGAACAAGAGAUCGGUAGAACCAGAUCUGUCCAUGACCAAGAAAGAGAAGAACUGAACAAUCCUAUCACGGAGCUCCCACGCGAGUUCAGAGAACAACAAGAGGAAACCCGGAACUGGGUGCAGCAGCAGAUUGAUAAUGCACUGAACAAGGGAAAAGAACGGGACCUCAAGAUGAAAAAUGAAGCACAAAAACAACACAAGUUACUUCUCAAGGAGAUCUCUAAUACAAAGCAACAAAUUGUCGAUCUGGCGAAGCAGAUAAAGGAGCACAGUCGGGAAAGCGGGAAGAAAGCCCCGACAGACCCGGUCCCUCGCACUCUUCCUGCCGAGGCGAAACAGAACAACCCAAAAGAAGGACAUACAAAUAAAACAUCAUCAGAACUAGUGGACGACGAUGACGUACUGGAACUGGUGGAUGAAUUCGAAAACGAAGGGGAAGGGGAAGCUCAAUCACAGAUUAGAAAGGAACGCGAUGCUUCAAACCGCUGCAGAUGGCCAAACGAAAUACUAUUAGAUCGUGAAGCACUCGAAGAAGUUAAUGAAGAACAACUAAAACUUCUAGAAGACUAUAAAAAUACUCUCAACAACAAACAACUGGAAAUACAAGAAGAAAAGAAACUUGAAAGAUACGAUUUGGAAGAUGAAAUGAGACAUGCACUUUGCGCGUUGAGAAACGCGUGCGAAAAUGUGCUACAAACGCCAAAGACACACGAUGAUGAGGAAUUGAAAAAGUGCGACGCGCAGAAGACGGACAAGGGACCUCCCGUCGACACAAUGGAAACACAGUCCUUAAGCACGGAAAUGUACACUUACCAAGAGAAAAGCAAUGAAGAGAAAACUGAAACGAUUGCGGGGGAGCUUCGCAACUAG